ACCCAUAUAGCAUUCGUGAAAGUUCAUAAAUGCGCCUCAAGUACCAUAGGAAGCGUCCUAAUAAAAUUCGGUUACCAGCGACACCUUCUGUUUGGAUUACCAACACAGGACGGCGGCCAUAUUGGAUGGCCCCGACCCCUACUUCCGGAGCACGUGUACAGAUUAAAGGAUGCAAUGUCGCUGGGAAAGAAGAUGGAUAUGAUUGUACACCAUGCUGUAUUUAGUUACAAAACGUUUAGCCACAUUAUGCCAAGUGAUACAAUAUAUUUAGCCGUUUUGCGCGAACCUUUUGAGCAGUUUCAUUCUGCCCUAAACUUCUUCACGGGGCCUCGGAAAACUCUGCGGUUGCCGCCAAGGGACUUCGUGGCCAACUUUCUCCAGAACCCUGAUAAAUACGAGAAGCCGGUACCUUUUUGGUUCAGUAAUAGGAUGGCUGGAACGAAAUCGAUCACCCAUAAUAUGAUGGCGACGGACUUAGGAUAUCCACCUGAUAAGUUCAAUGACAUUGAAAAUAUCAAAAGAUUCAUAAGCUUUAUGGACAAAACCUUCUCUUUGGUUAUGAUAAAAGAAUAUUUUUUCGAAUCAUUAGUGCUUAUGCGCAGGCGCCUAUGCUGGGAAAUCCGGGACAUAUUGUUCAUAAAAUUGAACUCCGCGCAUAAGCGAACAAAAUCUACUGACUCAUAUCCAUCGGCUGUGAAGCAGAAAUAUUACAACUGGAGUAAAGUGGACUACGAAAUGUAUAAAUAUUUCAGAAAUAAAUUUCUAAUCGAAGUGAAAAAAGAGGGAAGUGAUUUUGUUGACGAAGUGAAUCAUUUUUUGAAAAUUAACGAGGCCUUGAAUACGUACUGUAAAAUGAAUCGGUAUACGGAAGCUCCGUUCGAGUCACCCGAGUCAAGAUGGAACGAACGGAUUGUCUUUAAACGAGCGGAGUGUUCGAUACUGUUUAAAAUUCCUUACCAAAUGACCAAAGGACUAAAGGAGAGUUUUGACCUAAUGGUACCAAGAUUUGAAGAAAUAAAGGUUUAA